CCAUUCACCUAUAAGGAUGUAACAACAACUUACCGCAGCCAUGUCUUAUAAUACGUGUGAUCCUAUUACUUUUUUUUUUUUUUCCUGGUAGCAUCGUGCUUCCGGUUGAAGUAUAUCAAUUUAGAAACCCGAUAUAUUGGUAUUCCCGUCACUUACUAAAGUUUUUUGUGUCUCCCUUGCAAAGAAAUCAACGUUGUGAUUAUGUUCGUGGGACAGUGUGGCAUCUUACGAACCACUUACAAACAAGUCUGCUGCUUCUCGCUAUUCUGAGUAUUCUCAUUUGAGGUGUUGAGCUGUCUGUGUAAAGGUGACUUUCCUUGUGCGGAAAAUUACAUCCCCAAGGCUCUAGGCAUUACUACUCACUUCCUGGUGUUGUGAAGCUGAAGCUCAAGAAGUGUCCAGUUAUAUGGUGAUAGGUCUGCUCGCUGAAGCAUUGCCAGUAAGUUGUGACCUCCCUCGCUCAGUUGCCGCCACUACUGCCGCUGAUUCAUGACUCCAUAGACAGACCACCACCAUGUUUCUCCACCUCAUCUCUACUGCCUUUCUAUUGGCGCUGAGCGAAACUAACGGAGAGAUAGAGGUGCCGUGGUGGAACAUACGGAAAUUUCUGAGCGAGGCUGUCAACACGGGACUUGGAGUGGACAGGCUGCAGACCCAUUUCGAGAGCGGAUUCAAAUGGAACUCUGAGGAAAUCGACGGAGAAAUGCGUUUCCAAAAGAUGGUGCAGAUGAUGUCGAGUGAUUUGAAUCGGAGCAUCGACGUUGUCAAGAACAUGAAGCGUGUCAUAGAGCAGGAGUACGAGACCUGGACCCAUAGGGAGGUUACCACCAACAGUUGCUGUGAAACUGAAGACCAUUCCUUUGGAUGUGCAAUAAGCAGCAAAUGGAAUGGAGAUAAACCCCAGCUUGCCUACUUUACACCCCUCUCAGUUGUGCGGGAGAUGGAGUACAAUAUUGACAAGUACCCGGAAAACACGUCUAGAUAUUUUGCCUUCACAGAUGGGUCCGUCUAUACAUAUCCUCCAGUCCCCAAGAACAACAAUAGCACCUGUGAGAACUAUGACCCUCACACCAGAUAUUUCUACACGCAGUCCAAGUCUCCUGAGCCACGUGAUGUGGUGGUGUUGGUGCACAGUGGCCAAAAUGUCAAGCAACUUCUUAGAGAUAUUGUAAUAGGCACCAUCGAUGGCCUCAGUCUCAUGGACCGGGUGGGACUGUGUCUUCCGGCUACUGAUGGCUGCCAGAUUGGACCAUUUGGUGCAGAGAAAACUGCCACUGGUUCAUCCUGGCCUGGUCCUGACAUUCCCCUGAGCAAGCAAUCAUUCCUUGGACAAAUGUUAUCUACCAACAACAAGAACAAAAAUGAACUUGGAAAGCAUUUGGAUUUAUGGCUAAAAGAUAAUAAUUCUACUCCAUUCUCAAACCAUUCAGCAGCUGUAGAUGCAGGGUUGCAUUUCUUGAAUUCAAGUUCCAAUCACCCUUUCAGUCUUUUAGCUGAAGAUGUGCGACACAAGGUGCUAGUGUAUGUGACUACGGAAGAAGCAUGGGAGGAGGACCCAAGUGGAAACGAGAAUCUUAAGGAAGCGUACUUGAAUGGAAUUUUUGUUGUUGUUUACUUGAUUGAAGAGAGGGAGAAAACUGUUGUGCAAGGAGAAACAACAAUUGUGCAGGAAGAGGAGACAACACUUGAGGGAGAGGUAGAAGCAAGAAAUGUGCAGGACAGGGAGACUGAAGAGAGGCAAAAUAUUGGGUACUUAGAGGUGGUGCACUUCCCUGUUGGCUCCAGCUUUGUAGAUGCCAAAAAUAGGUUACCCAGUUUCGGACAGAAUAACCAGAAUCAACCAGUCAUUACCAUACCUUACUGGGAUGCUUUUGGCAUGGGAUAUAUAAUUACUGUUUGCAUGCCACUGGUGUUUAAGGAAGAAUUUGUUGGGUCAACCUGUGAUGAUGUCUACGUGGUUAACCUCCUUGCUGACCUCACUAUUCAUGAUAUUGAGAAUGCUUAUGUAUUUGUGAUCAAUAGUCUGGGAAUAACUUUGAUGCAUCCAUUGCUACCCUCACCUCACUCUGUUACUCAAGAUCCUGCCACUGUUACCAUUGAUAAGCUGGAACAACACAUGGAUUCUUAUUCUAUUCUGAAGAAGAUAAUUAGAGAGGAGACUGGCAAAGAGGACAGAGAAAAAGGAGUACUGGUAGAGGCCCUUGGCUGGCCUGCAGACUCUCAUCUGCCAAACGCAGUGAGGGGAAAGAGUGCCAAUCUACGUUUCCUGUGGGGUCCCAUAAACCAGACUGAUCUUACUUUGGUUCUAGUUCUUCCUCUCAUCAAUGGCAAGGUACUGUCAACUAGGUACACAUGCCUCAACGGGACACCAUGUAAAGUAAAGAAUUUCCACUACCAUAAACCCCAGCCUGGAGACACAAGCAUAUCAUUUUGCAAAUAUUUAGGCACGCAAGUUGUCUAUGAUAAAGGACUUGUGAAAUUAGCUCCGGACUGCUUCAAUGAUAUGCUGGGAUAUCUUAGGAGAGAAGAUAAUGAAAGCAUCUCCCAGAUAUACUCCAUAUUUAAUGGCAGUCAUUUUUUCAAUAAGCUACUCAGGACAGACUUGAAACCAAGUGUGAAAUUGGCAGAGAAAGCUGUGGAUGUGUGGAAAGAUCUACAUGUGAGUGGCUAUAUUGCAGCACAAUACAUGGGGACAUCCGACGGUGUCUUUAUUUCCCUCCCAGGUACUGAAUUUAAGUCAAGCUAUGAUCACAGGAGUAGACCAUGGUAUCAACUGACCAUAUCAUCUUUGAAUGGAGAUCACCUCUCCAUGACCACACCACGCUGCAUCAGGUACAAAUCAACCAUGGUGUACACACUAGCACGUUCCCUGCGUAGUCAUCAAGGCACUCCUCUGGCAGUAGUGGCUGGAGACUUUACCUUCCAGUACAUUAUGGGACUCUUCCUGGAACAAGUUCCUGACUGCAAACAGUACAUGUGUCUCCUUGUGGACCAAAUGGGCUAUGUUGUGUUUACAACAGAGUGGUCUUCAAAUAUGGACUUCAAAUGUGAUAAUAAAAGUGGUAUCACAGCAGCACACAUCACCAAACUUGUACCAGAUAUUGCUCGUGACAUGAUUGCCAGUAGACUCCUGAGGCGGAGAGGUUGCCAUGAUUAUGAGCGGGACAUUACCUUCUACUAUUGGUGGCUCAACAUGAGGGGACAUAGAACUUUGCACAAAGGUGACACAUAUGAAGUUCACAAGAUACCUUCCUCCAACCUCUAUUUUGUUAUUCAAAAGCAAGGACAAGGACAAGGCAACUGCCACUGCAUUUCAGAACAGGAAGAGAUUCUGCAGGACUGCCAUAGUACUUGCAAGAUGGAGUGUGAAUGUCCAUGCAAGGGAGGCCCACUGACCCAGCCAUGCCACAGUGCACCACACACAGAUAUACACAGUUCCAGGUGGCCCUUGCCAGCAUGCAAACCCAGUGACCCUUCCCAUCCAUUUGUCAGUGACAUUAUGCAAACAGAGCAAGAGCUAGAAUACUGCUACAAUUGUGAUGGUCAGAAAGAGAAGUCUUGCAAGGAAGCAGCUCCGUGUGAAUGGAGGGACAAUCAGUGUAUGAACAUUUAAUGCAUAUGAGAAGCUAUACCAUUAGAGGCACUGGCAACCUUUGAAGCAGCAUCUGCAGUUUUCCCUGCCAUUGGUUGUUCCAGCACUGAAGCUAGGAAGGGUUCAUCAUUGACAUAACCAUCAGGAUUCAUGGUCUGCCACCUCCAGAAGUCUUCACCUGAGAUAAACAGAUGUUAAUUUAUGAAUAAAUUAUAAGAUACAUUAACCAAAAGACACGUUUAAGUUUUCUGGGUUUUAAAUUUUGAAAUUUAUAUAAGGCAUCAAUUUAAAAUACUAAGUCACUACAAUGUAACAGUGAAGGUAUGUAAAAAAUAUUAUAAGCCUAAAUACAAAUACAGUGUGACCAAUUGGGGAGAAACCCAA